AUUAGUCUGGUAUGGUAUUUACCGACAUCGAUUUCUGUCGAUUUCUGUUAGGCCAGUCAAAAGAACGGUUGAAAUUGCUUGAUAAAUUUCUAAACCUGUGAUUCUUAUUCUAGAAAUUGUAAAAUAUAAAGAACAUUAUAACUUGUAACAUUUUACUGCGACAAGAUUUAAAAUAUGUUUCAAAGACCGUCACAUGAAAGAUCUCGAUAGGUUAAGAAAUUAAUGUAUGAAAAAUCAUGAAGUGUGAAAAGGUAUAUCUUACUUCAAUCCAGGACUUUAAUAGAUGAGAUUAUAUGAAGUGGAUAAAAUGAUGCAUUAUGGAUCAUGGAUUCAACAUCAAGCUAUGUUAGAUAAUCAUCAGUGUUAUGCACCAUAUGUUGAUAUGAUGCCAUCCUAUCCACAAGAUCAUCAGUAUCAUGAUCAUGAACAUCAUCACUUGCCUGAGGAAGAAAACGAACAGACUGGCAAUGAAAUACAUGAAACAAUGACACCUGCUACUUCUGGAGAACGUAGUUCUAGUGCAGAUCUAUUUAGAUUAGAAUUUGCAGCAGCACAGUGGUCUAAGUUAGUCUCGAAUGCGGAAGGUUUAUUCACAAAACUUAUAACAAAUAAUAUUUUGCCACAUACUGAUCAGGAUCAAAUUGAGCAAUGGCUUUGUAUGAAGCAAGAAUAUGAGGAAUGUAUAGCCAGUGAUGAUACUAUCAGUGUACAAGGUUGUACAGAGAAUAUAAGGCGAUCAUUGGAGCGUAUUGAAGAAGUAACUGAGACUGAUGAAAAGACGGAUGAAUCUGCAAAUCAAAUGAAACUCAAACUCAAUUCCAAUAUCAUAUCUAGUUCAGAAAGUGAAUUAUCUGAAGCUGAUGAAGAUGAGGAUGAAGAUGAUGAUGAGGAUCAAAGUGAUGCUAGUUCAGAAAAUCCAGAUUUCUUAGAAAAACUGGAUGAAUACAUGAACAAGUUUAAAUUAGAGACAGAUAGAAUUGUCGAUUCCAAAAAAGAUGAUUUUAGAGAAAUGAACAUUGAAAUUAUAUCUCCAGUGACGAGAUCAGUAAAUAACAAUUAUGUGCCAGUAGCUCGUCCUGUACCAAUUAGAAAUUCCAGGAGAAACUCUAUGCUUCCUGGCUCUGAUAUGUGUAACGAAGUAUUAGCUUUCAACGAUAGUUUAAAACCUUAUCAAAAUCAAAUCCUUGGUAAUAACAUGCCAGAAUAUAUCAAUUCGUGCAUGUUAGAUAAUCGCGAAACGGAAAUAAAUAUUAACGAUAAUAACAUUAACGAUAAUUUUAUUGCAAUACAAAAUGACAAUUCUCCAGAUUUGUUACUCGAUGCUCUCAAGACUACAGAAAUACCCGAACCGAUUAAGGAAUUACAGGCUCUGACGCUAAAUAACGAAGCAAAACAAACGCAAGUAAAAAAGAUUCAAUCUACUCUGGAAGGUGCGCAUAAACGUAUCGAAGAACUUCAAACAACAAUCAAAAUUAAGCAACGUUUUAUAGCAGACAUGAUAAAGAAUUCUGAUACACGUACUAGUGCGAAGCAGAAAUUCCAACGUAAACGCAAUAAAUUAGAGGAGGAGUAUUAUAACACGAGAACGCAGUUAGCGCAAGCGGAAAAUGCUUCCAUGUACAAAGAUUCAGAUGAGAAGUCGGUAUACAAGAAAGAAAUUGAACUCAUGAAGAAUAUGGCGAUACAUUACGAAAAACGAUUGUUAGAUAUAGAUAUGAUCAAACAAAUUGCGGGCGAUUCGGCGAAGAAAGUUUUGGAACUAGAAGCCUCGCUGAAUACGUCUAAAAAGCAAAUGGACAAACUAAAACGGCAAUUGAAAAAAGAGGAAGAACGUAAGAAGCAAUUAGAGGAGGAAUUAGCUAAGGACCAGCAUAAAAUUCGCGAACUCGAAGAAAAGUACAACUUAACCGCUUCCAAAUUGAAGGAAAUGCAAUCAGAGAGCGAAGACGAGAAACACUUUGCAAGAUCGAAGACUGAUUGCACAGACAAAAAGAAGAACUUGCUGGAUGUUAAUGCCAGGAUAUCUCAUCUUGACCACGUUCUGAAAGAAAAAUCUAUGGACUUGGAAAGAACUGCGGACACGGACGAGAAGGAAGCGUUACGGCACGAGAUAAGAAACUUGAGACACACGCGGGACUGUUUGGUAGACGAGAAAUGCGAUUUAGACGAAAAAUUCCAAAAAGAAAGAACUUUAACGACAGUGGAAGAACGUAAAUUGCUCGAAUGCGGCGAAACUAUUGAAGCUAUUGACGCAAUGAUUGAGCAUAAAAACGAAAUGAUUUGCGGACGAAAAGACUUUGAUGAGAAUCAGUCUGAACGCGAGAAAGCCGAGAGAAUGCUGAUGGAACGCUUGAAAAAACUUUCUCAUGGUGAAAUAAUAACGUUAUUUUUUAAGUAUUUUCGCAAGGUGAUUGACUUGAAGGAAAGCUCGAAAAAUCUAGAGGUGCAGAUAAACGAGCUGGAGACGCAUAUCGCGAAUCAGGAUUGGCGAUUGAUGGAAGGAGAAAGAAGAAUGGUUUUAAUGCAGAGACAAUACGAGGACAAGUUGCAUCACGUGUACAGGCACUUUGCAGAGGAAACAAGCAGCUCCGGUCAUGAAAGACUAGAUAAGGAUUCCGAACUUGCUAAAUACAAGAAAGAGAACAGAGCGUUAAAGAAACGACUGGCGGACGUUGAGAUCUUACUAAAAGGUGCGACACCUCCGCGCGUAGCUAGUCCAUGUAGGUUUCCGCAGCAAGGCUUGAAACAGAUUGCGCCGACCCGAUCAAUAACCAAAGUAACUAGGCAGCGAAAUAAGUUGAUUAUUCAAAAAACAACUGACUGCGAUAAAAAGAAAAAGUGAGUUAUAAAACGUUAGAAUUUUCUUUAUACUUUCAUAAGCGAGUUAUUCGAAUUUCUUUAUUGUACAUUUUUGUUUUAUAUAUCACAUGUCUGUAUAUUUUUUGUUACAAUGUGACUCUUGUAUUAAAACACAAUAGACUGUCUAGAUAUUAAUUUUGCUGUGUAA